GAGGCGUUGCUAUAGGCGGUGCCUGCCGUCUCGCCACGCUCGGUUCUCCUCUGCUCAGGCCUGUGGGGCCGCCCGUUGAGUUCGGGUUACGGGGAGAUGUUGCUCGGCGCCGCCGCUUGAGCCGUGUUGCCAGGCAUGGGGCUGGGCUCGAGCUCCGAGCUCCCGGACGGCGGCGCUGAGGGUUUCCAUGUACACGGGGUUCAGGAGAACUCCCCUGCUCAGCAAGGAGGGCUGGAGCCCUUCUUUGACUUCAUCAUUGCAAUAGGACACACCAGGCUGAAUAAAGAAAACAACAUGCUGAAAGAUCUACUGAAGGCAAAUGCUGAAAAAGCAGUGAAACUGGAGGUGUAUAACAUCAAAACGAUGAAGAUAAGAGAGGUGGAGGUGGUCCCCAGUAACAUGUGGGGAGGACAAGGUCUUCUCGGAGCCAGUGUGAGGUUCUGCAGUUUCCAGGGUGCCAAUGAACACGUGUGGCAUGUUUUGGAUGUUGAACCCGCGUCUCCUGCAGCUAUAGGUGGUUUGCAGCCAUACACCGACUACAUUGUUGGAUCUGAUCAGAUUCUGCAGGAGUCAGAAGAUUUCUUCUCGCUGAUUGAGUCCCAUGAGGGAAAGCCGCUGAAGCUGAUGGUUUAUAACACUGAAGCAGACUCCAUUCGAGAGGUAGUUGUGACUCCCAAUGGAGCUUGGGGUGGAGAAGGAAGUUUGGGAUGUGGUAUUGGAUAUGGCUAUUUGCACAGGAUUCCAACACAGUCAAUAGUAUCAAAGAAAAAGCCAGAAAGCAAACCACCUUCGCCCUUACCAGAAGCUGGGACUCCUGUACCAUCCACUAAUGGUUACACAGAGGCUCCGUUAUUGGCACCUACUUCUCAAAGUGACAGCUCUGAAGUAGUUAUGAACCUGGAUCCUUCCACAGGCCAAGAAAUGAGCGGGUAUUCACCUGAAAGCUCACUUUCUCCUCCUCCCCCUCUCCAGAGAGUUAUGGAUCCAGGGUUUCUUGACAUGUCUGGUAUUUCACUUCCUGAACUCACUGACUUAACGAACGUGUCCAGCAUUCCUUCCUCUGCCUCCUUCAGCAUGCCAGGAGCAGGCUCUUUUGUUGGCGCUGAAAAGCUCAUGUCAAACAAUGACCCUUCUGCUUAUUUUGAGAACACCACAGCUUUGGGCCCUGAAGAUAUAACGAAGACUCCUGAAGGCUCAGUCAGGCAGCCGGAGUUGGACCACCUUCUACCUACAGUGUCAUCUUUACCUUCUUUUACUCUUCCUAAUGAAAUUGCUUCAAAAACAACACUAGAAACUGAUCCCCAAAACCAAGACACAGUACUCAUAAACAGUUUGGAGAGCUCGUUACCCACACCUCAGAUGAAUCCUGAUGAUGAAGCAGCGCAUGAACAGGAAGGGGAAGAAGCUGCGCAAGGGCAUGAGUGAAAUGGGUGCUGCUUCCAUUUACAGAUGACAAUGUGUUGUAAAAUUAGUUGGGAGUAUUUUUCUGAUCUUGAAAGAAUUACAUCUGUUCUAUUUUGUUAGUGCAGACAAUGCUAUAAAAAAAAACAUAUCCAAAUGAAAUGCAUAUUUUAUCAUCCUCUGCAGUCAUUGUUCAGCAGAGUGGUCUGCUUUCAAACUGAAUGCCACCCAAAGUCACCAAAUAGAAGGCAAAAUUAAUGCGGAGACCAGUCAGAGAAUGGUCUUGAAUGGAAUAAAAUGUCUGAGUUUCCAUAGUGACAAAGGUAUAGCUUUUCCUCUGCUUCUCUAUUUGCUAUUUUCAUACAAAUCAUUGAGACCUGGUGCAGUAGCAUAGAUUGCUUUCUGGAUCUCUGUUUUCUAUCUGUCUUAUUUGCCCUUGUUUUCAAAUAGCUUCUGAAGGUGUGGUAGGUGGUGAACAGUAAAUCUGAAAUGAACAAUGAAAAACAUGAGGGUGUUUAUAGCUCUCAGGGCAGUGAUUUAUCAGAGUUUUACUUCUGAUUGGGAAUACCUUCACUGUAGUUGCUACAGUUAAUGUGGUGAUAAUCUUCAGUGAAUGAAGGGAAUUGGGUACUUGUGGGUAAAACUUAUUCUUUAUAUUCCAUAGUAAGUGUUAGCUUUAAACACAGUUUAAAACCCUCUGUUGCAGAGAGGGGGUUGGGGCUUGAUGAUCCUUGAGGUCCCUUCCAACCCAAGCUGCUCUAUGAUUCUCUGAUGUGAUUCCACAAAGUCAGGAGGGUCAGAACUUUCUUCCUGCUUAGAAGACAAAUGGAUUAAGCGUUAAGGUACAGGCAGCAGAAUUAGAAGAUUAGAAAUCCGCUCUGUUGGAUGGCCUGCUAAUACUGACCUUCUUUCUACUGCUGCUAAAAUAAAUUCCUUCUUUUAUUCCCUUAAUUGACUGCUAGAAGAGUAAAUAUCCAAACACUAAAGGUUUAUAAUAAUGUAAUGUAAGUAAUCAAAGGUAGGGGUAACUGAAAGCAGACAUGAUCUGUUUGGUAUUUGUUGCUGAUUGUUUAGGACUGCCUCCAGCUUAGCACCUUUACCAACAUUGGUUUUUAGCUUACAGCAAUACAUUUAAGUGAUGCUGUACCCUAAGCACUUUUUCAAGCCUCCAGUGGAGGAAGUGUCAAAACUAAAUUGGAAAUGCUACAGGAAUAAAGAGCUUCAUGCUUAUAGCA